GUGUCGCGUGCAGGCACCGCCCCCGCCGGGCGGGCUGCGCUUUAGCUGGGCGCGGACUCUUCAACCGCGCCAGUGGGUGCCGCGCCGCGCGGCCGGGAGGGAGGCGGCAGCGUCGCAGCAGAAAGAAGCUCGGCGGGCGCAGGUUUGCUGUAAACUACCUGCCAUAGCUAUAAUGACACCAGCCCUCAGAGAGGCAGCAGCAAAAGGUCAUGGUAUCCACUUGUCACCUUCUUUGUCCUCUAGAGCUAUGGAGUCUGAUACAGCUUUGUGCAUGGAAAAUUCCAGAGCAGUGGAAGAGAAGAUGAAAGAGGACUCCAUCGCACAGAUUACGUGCUCAGUCCUGGGGUUCCCCACUGCUGAGCCCCACCUCAGGAAUGAUAUCUUCAGCGUGCAGCAUUUCGGUUCUCCACCAUCCUCCAAGCACUAUCAGUCUGUCUUGUUAAUGAGUAGGAAUUCUGCCUUUAGCAACAGAACCGGUAAGCAAACAAAAGUGGGAGGGCCUGACUGCUCCAGGAUGAGGAAUUCGUUACCUAACGGUGCUGACACGUCAUUUGGUCUGGUCGGUCAUUCGGAACCUGAGGGACAGGCCAAAGGGAAAACCUUUACAGAGACCACAUCUCUGAAUUUGGCAGACGCGCAGAGACUUUUGGAUUCAAAUGUAACUGAAUCCAGCAACGCAGAGGAAAUGCAGCUUUUAAAUGGUAAAUGGUACAAGAAGAAUGGGUUUUUGGGUAAGGCGUUGGAAGUCUGCACUGGAACAGUAAAAGGGGAUUUAUUGCACCAAAUUCUUCAAGGGCCUUCGGAAGGGAUUUUAAGCUGCACCCGGGAGGAGGUGUACGCUCGCUUACUGCAGUGUGUCACUAAGCAACAAAUGGAAAUCAGUCGCGCCAAAAGAACUCAGAAACGUUUACAAAUGCUCCUGGCAAAGCAUGUUAUCAAACACUGUGAUCAGCAGCUGAAAUGCUUCGUGAAACAUCAACUACAAAGAAUGAAGGUUUUCCACGAGCCAGCCAGGUUUCUGAGCGGUGGCUCCCUCAGGUGCACGGAAGGUUGUCCAGAAAACAGCGCAACUACUUUGGAGAGUAGUUCGAGUACGGAUGUACAGAAUGGAGUUAGCGUUGCACCAGGUGAACUCCGAGGGUUUGCACUUUUUACCGGUGGGCUGCUGUCUCGCGUAGAGAAGGAUCUGGACUCUGACGCAACGUGUAGCAGCUCAGAUGAAGACGGUGAGGAACAGACUGUAAGAACAGCUGUGGAAGCCAGCUAUACUUGUGAAUGGAAGUGGCUUGCAGACAGAGCUAGAAUUGGCAGCCGGUGGACGUGGCUUCAAGCCCAGAUUUCAGAACUAGAAUACAAAAUCCAACAACUAACUGACCUUCACAGGCAGAUACGUGCCACCAAGGGGAUGGUGAUCUUAGAAGAAUUCCCAUUUCCAAAAGACAUUUUGAAGAAGCAAAUACAAUUGACAGACCACGAAGCUUUAUUAAACGCCACAGGGAAUUCGCAAGCUGCCAUUGAGAGACAGGAUUCUUUGCCGGAGCAUGACUUUGAAAUGUCACCCAGCAGCCCUACCCUGCUUUUACGAAACAUAGAGAAACAGAGUGCGCAGCUGAGUGAAAUCAUCAGCAGCCUCAUUGCUCCACUCAAUCUGUCUCCAGCUUCUUCAUCCCUUUCAUCCAAGACCUGUCAGCACCGACAGCUCGUCAAUGGCAUCUCCUUCAGAGCUUCAGACAACAGAGAGGUGUCCUCUUCGAGCAGCUGGUUGCUUGAUCACCAGCACAUCAAGAAAAGAAGAAGAGACCGAACCAGACUAAGACCUCUCUCUGUGGCUAACAUGAGCACAUCUGCCCGAACGAGGCCACUUCAUAGCUUCCAGAAGAGGAAGCUCUACAGAAUGCACAGUGCCUGUCACUGGAAUCAGCAGACUUCGCCAUCUGGAGAUGCCACCUUUCCGUACAAAACUCAGUUGCCACGUGUAGUGCCAGCCUCCGCUGUCAGCAGCAGUGAGUGCAGCACAGAAUCUAAAAUACUGGAUUACGUGAAAGAGCUGGACUCUUCCUUCCAUCCGGUCUUAUCAUUCCCUUCAGAUAUUCCUCUUCACAUAUACUUUGAAACUUUAUUAAGGAAGGAUGACAUCAAAGGAGAACCUGCAGAUACCUCGUCUUCAGGAGUGGAGUUUAAAGCAUGUCCAAACAACGACUGUAAUCAGCAUAACGUUUCUGUCAAACAGUGGAGCAGUGGCUGUUUGUCUAAUUCCAAAUCUCAGUCAGUGUCAGGAACAUCUGACCAGCUGUCAGAAGGGAGGAAGAAAAGACAUCUAAGUGAGACAGCAGUAGGCGAACGUAACGCUAGGUUUGAGACAUUCUCCUUUCAACACGCAGAACCAGAAUCCCACAGUGGUUUUGCUGCGGCCACCAAUGUCAACGCAAUGUCGAGGCCCGCUCACAGCACUUCAUCACAGCACAACUCCAGGAGGAGGUUGAGAAGCGAGAGCUCCUAUGACAUCGACAACAUUGUUAUCCCAAUGUCACUGGUGGCACCAUCGAAGCUGGAAAAACUACAGUACAAAGAAAUCCUUACCCCAAGCUGGAGAGUUGUGGAACUCCAACCUCUAGAAAGAUCUCAAACCGAUGAAGAAGAGACAGAAGAUCUGUCAGAUGAAGCUUUUGCCUCGCGUCAUACAAAGUAUGAAGAAAGAGAGCGAGCAAGGUGGUCGCUGUGGGAGCAGAGCCGCUGGCCCAGGAGGAACAGCAGGUCUUACAGCAAAAAUGCCGACGGACGACACAGCCAGGACUCGAUGCAGAAAGACCACCACGGCAGCUCUUGUGCUUCACUGCAUUGUGCUGCUGAGCCUUUUCCUGACCCGGCAUCGGAAGCCCACGGCUCUGUUUGUUCAGGGAUUGCACAACUCUGCCGGGAGAGCCAGGAAGCGAAGGCCGGGCUGUGGGAACUUCGAGUUUUUCCACUAAAAGAUGAAGAGGUGGAAGCUUUGCUGUGCCAAGAUCAAGUAACGAAUCAGACUGAAAUGUCAAGUGCGGCUUUUCCCAGCAACUCUCCCUGCGCUUCAUGCACGCCCAGUGGUUUGCCGGACAAUGGCCAUCCACCACAAAAACAACCUGCCGAGGAGGUGGAAGACUGCGAAAAUGUUGGCCUGGGAAUCCACAAUACGAGAAAACAAAGGUGACAGGGAAUAAUGUGGUUCAUUAAGAAAGCCAAUUAAGGUGGAGAAAAGCGGAAGGUAAAAUCUCUCUUGUUGACACAGCCUAUGACAGCACAAUUCAACUGUGCGUUAGCUGCAUAUAAUAUAUUUUCUUUCUUGCUUUGUAACAGGCAGGAUAAAUCCCAAAGACAACUUUCUUCUUCCUGAACCCCAAAGGAAAGUAAUUAUUUCAAGCUGGAAGUCUAAUAUUCCCAGUGUUGGGAGUGGGCGCACAUAACUUGCUGGCACCAUUCACUUUCUGUUGUUCUAUUGCCACAUUUGUUACUAAUCAUCCUUCUCUGUUCUGUUGGGUUUCCAUUGCGUUUCUGGUUCCAGUGGGUUCUGGUGCCACAGGACACGCUGCCCACCUUAACCAGCAGCUUCAGCUGAACACAGAAAAACUACUUGAAAAAGCAGUGGGGAGGAGCGAUAGCCUCAGCUUCUUUCCUUGCGUGGUGUGACCGUGGGGCAAAUGGGCCCCUUUUCGGUGCGUGUGUGUAACCCACGUGGGAGGGGGCAGGAGGGGAGAACCAGCAGGCGUUCUGGAAGCCUUGCAUCUCGCUUCAGAUCUGUACUCAGCGCUCGGUAGUGCCAGGGCAUGUUUCAUAUAGGUGUCCUCAAGCAAUAAGGUAGAGGUAGACCUUCAAUAGCCGAUGUAUCUGCUACUCCAAAAAUAGGGAUUCUGCUUCCGUCGGGUGGGGAUUGAGGAGCAGAAGGGAAGAGGAGUCGAGUCAAACCCAUGACGCAGCUCCUUGGGUCAUCUUGCUUCCUUAGUCCUUCACGAGGCUCAUAACGUCUUGCUUUAAUGUGUUAAAGACAAAGUCUCGUUCAAAUCUCUGUACAGUGCCUUUUAAGAGUCUCGUAAGCACGCCAACAUUUGGUGACAAGGAGAAGAUGAUCAAUGUCCAGGAGACCAAGAAAGCAAAAAGCCCCAAUGCUUUCUGUUGUGAUUCCGGAUAGAUUUUUAACUUCCCAGGGAGGAAAAAAAAAAAGCAAGUUGUUCAAACUUGCAUCUAAAUAGUGUAGUUUGGAAUGUACCCGCGAUCUCCAGAGGUAUUAACGAAGAUUAAACAUUGAAUGUAGGCAUCAUCCAUCCACAGGAAGGUUUUCUGUGUAGGGCAGUUGAAGGCAAUUCGAUAGGAGUCUCUGUGCGGAAUAUCUGGAAUGGCACUGGGCAGAUGACCCAGUUCUAGUGUCAAUUCAUUUUCUUUUGGUCAAAAUGGCAGGAAUUAUACACUGGGCAUCUGGAAACAGUUCAGUCAAGUUCCGACACUACAACCUAUUGCUACAUUGUAGGUUAUUGCACAUUCUGAUUAUUUUUUUAAACACUUUUUUAACACUGGUUUGUCUUAAACUUGAAUCUUGCCUCGAUGUCUGAUACAAUAA